AUGGAGUUCGAUCCCAAGACCCCGCAAUACCUUACUUCCGACAAAUCCAGCUUCGCCUUGACCUCUGCUCUUGAACGCUGGCCCGUGAUUAUCACUGGUGCUAUUGACGACCUCCACCGCACUGUUGGUGAUGUAUCCGACGAAGAAAAGCGCAAGGAGGGAAAGGGUAUCAUUGAGAAACUCGCAGCGCUCAAAUAUGAAUUGCAACAUAACAGACAACUGACCCCCCUACCCGACGACGGUCAGCCGGGUAUCGAAGAAUAUAACAAGGAGUUGGAGCAACGAGGAAACCCCAAAUGGCACGAUGUUGCAUGGCUAUACUCUGAAUGCUAUCUUUACAGGCGCAUCAGUGCCUACUUCGCCUUGUCCACACACUGGAAAGGAUACGAUGUAUUUGCCCGCCAGAAGAUGUCAACUUUCAAAUCGUCCCGUCCGGCAGUUCUGGAGUUAGCCGCCAGAUACAAGGAAAUCGCUCAGGAGGCGGAGAAGGGCCAGGCUGACGGCAAGACCCCGGAGCAGGUCGAACAGGCUGAGCGUAUACUCUUCUCUGAGAUGUGUGAGAUCUGUCUGUGGGGUAAUGCCACCGAUCUGUCCCUCUUAACCUCUCUUACCUACGAGGAUAUUCAGAAACUGCAGGGCUCGCAGGCGCGCAAGGCCGCGGAGAAGAACAUUCUCGUCAACGAUUUGGACGCCGCGUUUGAGGUGCUCAAUAAGGCCCGCAAGGAGAAGAAGACCGGGGAGCGUCGUGUAGACAUUGUUCUCGAUAACUCCGGUUUCGAGCUGUUCGUUGACCUUAUCCUUGCCGGAUACCUUCUCUCUGCCGGCUUGGCUACGACAGUUGUACUGCACCCUAAGCUGAUCCCUUGGUUCGUAUCGGAUGUUACACCCCCGGACUUCAGGGACCUUAUCAGCGCGCUCGCCGACCCGCAAUCAUUCUACACUGCCGCCGAUGAGUCGGGCAAGGAACAUUCCCCUCUCUCCGAUAAGGAGCUGUCAGAGGUAAACUUCCUCUUCGAACAAUGGUCCCGGCUCCACGCAGAUGGCAAGCUGGUCAUCCGCCCACACGCUUUCUGGACCUCCCCCGGAAGCUACUGGCGCAUGCCCAACACAGCAAAGGAUCUCUUUGAGGACCUGCAACAGAGCGAGCUCGUCCUCUUCAAGGGUGACCUCAACUAUCGCAAGCUGACCAGUGAUGCUACCUGGGACCCCACAACACCUUUCACGACUGCCAUCGGCCCAAUGGGCCCUAAGUCUGGCGUUCGUGUCCUCGCUUUCCGGACCUGCAAAGCGGAUGUCGUUGUCGGACUGCCAGCAGGUGAAGACGAGAGACUCCGCCAACUGCCUAAUGGCGGGGGCUCCGAGGCCCGGAAAUGGGCUUGGAGUGGAAAGUGGGCUGUUGUGUCCUUCUCUGACGGGAAGGCUUAA